GCAGUGCACUCUGACAGAAGCUGGAAAGAUACCAUUGGCACGUUUCCACAUGUGUAGAUGAAGAGGCAAUGUGGAAAUCCAAAGCCGAGUGCUGAUUACCUACCCAUUUCGAAUUGGCAUGUUCGGCAAAGCUGAUCACUUUUGGAAAAGAAGAACAACACAUCAGAAGGCCGGAGAAACUUAACAGGGGGAGUUCCCUGAAGACAAACAGACAGGAGGAAAACAGUGAGGGAAGAAGGGGGGGAGUGGAGAAAGAUAUAGUGAAGGCAAGAGAGAAGCACUGGAGAUAUUCAGAAAAGUGAAGGGUUGAGAGUCCCAAGAGAAGACAGAAAAUCAUGCGAGAGGAGGAGCAGUCCAAUGAUGACCACCCCGAGGGAGGGGUGGUUUCCAGCGAGGAAAACACAGGAAGACCACCUUCUAACGCCUGCCCUGUUGUCGUAGCAACACCUGGGGUCACCGGGCGUAAACGGCAGACGGGCUCAAAUGCGGAUGAUCAACUUACAACUCCGACUACAUCUGCACACGAUGGCAAGGUCAAGCCAGGGGAGGACAUUCAGACCUUCACCCUAACCAGACCGAAAAGACCCAAGAGGAGUCCUCAAGAUCGGUCACCUUCCUCGGCACCGUCCCUUUCUCCUGGCCUGAGUCCCGGAAGUCUGGAGGACCCUCACGGGCAGCGGGUGAUAGCCAACAUCCGAGAGAGACAGCGUACGCAAUCUCUGAACGACGCCUUCACAUCGUUGCGUAAAAUAAUCCCAACACUCCCCUCUGACAAACUGAGCAAGAUCCAGACCCUUAAAUUGGCGUCGCGCUACAUCGACUUUCUGUACAAGGUUCUGGAGAAUGACGAGAUGGACACCAAGAUGGCUGGAUGUAACUACCUGGCCCACGAGAGACUGAGCUACGCCUUCUCGGUCUGGAGGAUGGAGGGGGCCUGGUCAUCCAUGUCUGCUGGCCACUAGCCCCUUUUAAGGGUUAUCUUUUGACUGUUGCCGUAAAAUGUAUGAAUUACACUUGACAAGGAAAUACUCUAACUUGACGCAAAGGGGCGGAGGAGUGUCAGCUCACCUGUGGACUAUUUAUCACAUCAACUUCUUCGGUUUGCCUCAAUGAUGUCAGAAAGACUUAUUGACAUUGACAUUUGCAGUAGGAAGAAGCUGAUUUUAAAGCCACUAUUGUUGACAAGCUACAUGCCAGAUGGAUUGUUGUAUUUCUGUAUGUUGUCUGCCUAAAGCAGCAAUUACUGCUUGAGUAUGCCAAUAGUAGAAUUCAAGAGAAGUAGAACAGGGACAUUGUGCUCAGCGUAUGAUUCCAAGCUUUUUUAAGGAUUCUUUUUUACAACGUUUGUGCUUUGUUUACAUGAAUCCCAAAGGAGGACAUGACAGGUGACAGAUAGUAACAUUCAAUCUCCUGGCUUUCUCGGGUUCUGUAACUUGACCUCAUGUGUCAUGUCCGUAGAUUUGAUCAUCAUAACUUCCACCUUUAGCAUCGUUUUUAUCAUCAUCUUCAUAGGUAUGCAUACUUGGAGACACAUUUGAACUUUAUUUCAGCCUGGGGCUAGCAGGGUUUGUGUUAUAUAAAGAGCCACUAUGCAGAGGAGGGAUUAGAAGAAAAGAAGAACUGGAAAGAUAAAAUUGGAUGUUCCAACAGAGAUUGGACCUUUGACUUUUCCAAGCCUUCAACUCCUACUUUUCCAAGACAUAUCAUGAUUCCCUGACCACCUCUGAACCCAAGCACUGGUGGAAAAAGCAGCAGUGGGCAGGGCAGCCGUCGUCCCGAUUUAAGUUUCUUCUCUCCGUACCCAAACCAAGCCCCUUUGUUUCUAGUAGUGCCAAAAAAAACUCUCCUCUUGAAAUUCUUUCCUCUCAUUCUGGCCCAAAUGUGCCUGCGUUGCACGAAACAGUGAUGCAGCUUGCGAGCUGACGAGGAGGCGUAAUGAAAACAAACGGUCUCGAAAAGCCAUGAAUCAUGCGUGUCACCAUCAAAGAGGAGCCCGAUGUGGCUCCCUGCUGGGCUCCCAUAAACCACUGGAAGUGAUGGAGGAGCUGCUGAAUAAAGUGACUGUGAUCUUCUCUGGUGUUCAUGCUACCAUCAAGGUUCAAUCAUUUGGACUUUGAUACAAAUGGAAUCUUUUUAGUUACCUCACUUAGGGAGAAAAGGAGUGUACAAGAAUAUCAAAAGGCAUCCGGAUCAGGAUGCAGACAGAUAUGGGGCAAGAGGACAUUUCUGGACAAACUAAACCAUCAAAGAGCUUUAGCUGGACAAUAGCUGGACAUUUUUUAUUGUUUAAAUGUUGUGAUUAUCACUAUUUUCCCUGUAUAUAAUAAAAGGAAACUUAUAUAUGAGCUGUCACUGUAUAAGAGACUUCACCUGCAGUUGAAGCAAGACUAUAAUCUCUGACAGAAUGUAUGUUCAUCUCUUGUUCACCAGUUUACAAUCAAAGCAAGGCUUUGUUUUUAAGGAGCAAUUACUUGAAGAAUAUACAGUGUGUGGAGUGACACUGAUACAGCAUGACUGGAUAUCACAUGCAGAACAAAAUAGAUGUAGUAAUGCAACAUGAAUCAUUUGUCUGAAAAAUAAAACUGUCUUCA